AUGGAAGACCAAGGUGGUGGUGGUAGCAGCACAAAACAGACGAACAAUGCUUACGUGGACACGUCGAAAGCGGAGAGAGCAGUGUGGUUGAUGAAGUGCCCUCCCCUCGUGUCGCGCUCCCUCCGCGCUCCUCCCUCAGAACCCUCACGCCCCGUCGCCAAGGUCAUCGUCUCCAUCGACCCUCUCAACUCCAACGACGACGAUUCUCCUCCUCAGUUUACAAUGGAGUUGGCUGGAACUGAAGCUGGACAUAUACCCCGAUGUUAUGUUAUGGAUAUGUCUAAAGACUUCAUUCCCAUGUCUGUGUUUUCAGACACACAACAAGGAAAGAUCUCUGUGGAGGGAAAAAUACUUAACAAGUUUGACAUGAGGCCCCAUAAUCAAAACCUUGAAGUCUAUGGGAAACUCUGCCGUGAAAGGACAAACAAGUAUAUGGUCAAAAAUAGACAGAUUCAGGUUAUUGAUAAUGAUAGUGGGGCGCAUAUGAGGCCAAUGCCAGGGAUGAUCAGUUUCUCAACUUCUGGACCCCCUGAAAAGAAGAAAGCUCCUGUCAAAGCAACGGAUACAAAGAGAACAAGAAGAGACCGUGGGGAGAUGGAAGAGAUUGUGUUUAAGCUAUUUGAAAGGCAACCCAAUUGGAGUUUAAGAAACCUCAUACAAGAAACCGACCAACCUGAAGCCUCUACAAGCCCACGCGAUUAUGAAACAAUAUACUUUGAAAUCGACGU